UACAUCACCUCCUCCAAGAAUUAAUGGAAUUGCUUCUGCUUGCACAUCUGUAGGAAGCCUAAAAUAUGAGUCGAAAGGAAGCAUUAUCGCAAUUUAUUCAGCAAAUUCAUGGACGGCCAGUUGUUGUGAAACUUAAUAGUGGUGUUGAUUAUAGAGGAGUUUUAGCAUGCUUAGAUGGUUAUAUGAACAUUGCACUAGAACAAACUGAAGAGUAUGUUAACGGUCAACUGAAGGAUAAAUAUGGUGAUGCAUUCAUAAGAGGCAAUAAUGUAUUAUAUAUUAGUACACAGAAACGAAGAACUAAUUAAAAAAUGUCAGCUAUCAUAGCUGUUAAAUUAUAUUUAUUUGCAAUUUUUAUUUUAACCAAAUUUAUACUCAUAUUUGUAAGCGUAAAAUAAUAAAAAAUUUUGUUUACAAUA